UUUUUAACACCAUAUAUUGAUGAUGUAUUAUCAAAACAUUUAGAAGUACUCCAAGCUUCAGAUAAUGUACCUGCAUGUUCUAAUCCGUUGAAGUUGAAAUAUGAUACCAUUUAUUUUUUCCAGACGGUGAGAUCGUUUGAGGAUUUUGUUUGUGAAGCACAAGAACAAAAUCAUGAAAUUUUAGAGCAGUUGUUACUUAGUUCUUUGUUCAUAAAGUAUUUUCUGGAUGGAACUAGGUCCAAUAUUGUAAAGAAUUCAAGAAAAGAAAUAAAAAAUUCAUUUGAAGAAAUGAUUGAAAAUUUUGGGUUGUAUCAAAUGAAUCAUGUUCAAAGAAAAAUAAAUUUCGAUCGUUUAUUUGGGGUCGAUGUUAUUAUGAUUCCAGACCCAUGGCCGAUUCAUGAUUCUGAUAUCCAACAAUUCAAUUGUAUCAACUUAUGUGCUAAAAUAGUUAAUGAAGUUGCUGGAAAGCUUCAAGAAGAGCUUUCAGUAACACAAGAACGUGAAGGUGAGGUUGAAGAGACGUAUAUGAAAGGGUAUAUACAAGUUGCUAAAGAAUUAUUAACCAAAAAUGAAGUGGAACAUUUGGUUGAUGUGUUGAUGAAGGCAAUGACUAUCAAUUCAUCGGAUCAUAUCGAUACUUCUUUGAUCACUUUCAGUCCCAAGACUGACAGUAUUAUGAGAAGAGACGAUUUUGAAAUAAUGAAGACAAAGAUGAUUGUGGUGAAAAAGCCCGCUUUGAAGUUUUAGAACGCAGUGAGGUAAGUUAUUUUCACUGCUUCAUUCCCCUGAUGGUUAUAGUUCGGACUUACACUAAUACAGUGUUAAAUAUCUCUUUAUAUCAUUUUGUGAUCCUAUCUUUUAUUCGUAUUGCAGCAUUAAUUAAUCAGCUCUUCUAUAUAUUUUUGUUUAUUCAUGCUAGUGUACUUUCC